AUGGUCGAAGAGCAACCCAGGAGAGGAUCGAGAGCUCGAAAACAAGUGGAGAGGUACUCAAAAACAGUCGAGAACGGAAAGAGGAAGCAAGUCCAAGAUGAGCACGAGGAUGAGUCUCCAUCGGAAGAAGAGGAAGGGGACGAAGAUAGCGAGCAUGAAGUCACUCCGAGACCUCUCAAGACCAAUAAGCGAGUGCUCAACGGCGUCACGCCCAAAUCAACCGGCACGAAACAGGCGAAGAGAAGCAAGAAGACAAUCGCUGGAGUUGCAGAGGUCAAUGACGAUGUCGAAACCAACAUGAACGGGGACAUCAAUGGGGAUGGUAUCAAGACCGAUUCGAAUCUCUUCAAUGCUAUUCUCGCUGAAGGUGUGAGCAGCGAUAUGAUAGAGAGCUGGAUCGAGGAUUAUCAGAACUCGGCCGACGACGAAACAUCCGAGAAAUCUGCUGUACAUCAGCUGGUUCUUCUCUUCAUUCGUUGUUGUGGCCUCAAGUCCACUAUCGAACCUGACGAGUCUGUUGAUCAAGACGGUAUCGCAGACGUUCUGGAAACCAUCCAGGAUGAAAGUGUAAAGACUACUCUAGCGGUGUACCCCCUCAUCAGUAAAGCGAAGCCCUUCCGCUUGUUCCGAAACAACCUUAACGUCUUCAUCACUCAUUUCAUCAAAAACUUGUCCCUCACGCCUCUCCUCUUUGAGUCCCCCGAGACCACUUCACAUACAUCACCCUUGAUCAAUGUCCUUCUGGCUUGGCUACAUACGAUGUCAUCUUCGCCGCUUCGCUCUAUACGGCAUACGUCCACGUAUAUCACUCUCAAGAUCAACUCGGCGCUUUGCGACGUUGCUGCGGAAGUCAGCAAAGACCUGAGCUUGCGACAACGUCAACGUGAGACUGAAGAGAAGAAGGCUGGGAAAAACGGUGUUGCUCAGAGAAAGCUAAAAGAGGCUGAAGAGAAGGUGAAGGAAGCCCAUGAGCGCAAAACCACACUAGAAGCUUUCAUGAAGGAGAUUUUUGACGUGUUGUUCGUUCAUAGAUCCCGAGAUGCCGACCCUGCCAUCCGAACCGACUGUCUCAAAGAACUGGGGGUAUGGGUGAAAAAGUACCCCGAGGAAUACGUAUCCUCGUCGUACCUCGUAUACUUCACUCGUGGUUGCAAUGACCCUAACUCACACGCUCGACUCGAGACUGCCAAAGCUCUCGCAGCACUCUACUCUAAAGAGACAUUCGUAAACAACGCCCGUACUGUGACUUCUCGUCUGCUGCCCAGACUGGUCGAGAUGGCUCUUCGUGAUGUUGACCUUUCCGUACGAGUCAACGCCCUGUCCACCAUAGCCUUAAUCGACAAGACGGGUAUCCUUCAAGAUGAAGAUGAGGAACGUAGAGAACAGAUCGCUAGACUGGUAUUUGACCAAGAGCCUCGUGUACGAAAAGCUGUGGGAGGAUUCGUCCGAGGAGUAUGGGAAGAGCGGGUGGAGAAAUUCAAGGCGGAACAAGCUGCAGUUCGAGGCGCAAAGAAGAAACGAGCUUCUGGUAUCACAGACGACAAUAUGGAGAAAAACCUCAGCUGGAAAGCCCUCGCCGAUCUGCUGGUGGAAAGUUUUCGGGCUCUCGACCAAAUGGAUGGCGAGCCCAGUACGUCCAGACACAAAAUCAGCUUUCCUUUGCCUGAAAGCGUACUCACCACCCGUGCGAACGCUGCUGUAGAAGCCUUGUGGGCGGAUUUCGAGGAGCUCAGGGAUUGGGAGGGUCUCGUGGACUAUUUGCUUCUAGAUCAUUCAACAUGGGAAGAUGACGCUUGGUUGUUGGACGAGGACCAGGAGAAUUUCAUGCUGCAAUUACUUGUAGCAUGCAUCAAGAAAGAAGAGAAGGACGAGGACAAGGACGAGCGAACCAAAACGCUCAUGAAGAUACUACCCCGCUUGUUCACCAAACAUCAAGCCGAUGUGGCACGAAUGGCAGGAAUACUUGUCAUUCCUGAGCAAAUGAAUCUGUCCUUAUAUCUUGACAUGCGCAAAUCAGCUGCCUACGAUCAGCUCUGGGACGAUGUGACCAAGCAGUUUUUGCAACAUUCCGAUAUAAACGUUUUGACAGCCGCGAUCAAGGCGGUCAAUCAUCUCUGCUCGAAUGCGUCGAUGUCACCAUCAAACACAACUAAAAUGAACGAGUUGCAAGAAGCCUUGCUCGCUUCCUUGAGAGACGCGAUCGACGGAGAAGAUGUAGCUACCUUUUCCAUCGACGAGGAUAAAGUGGCGGCUUUGGAAGCGAUCCUACUUCGGAUCGCACUUUUAGCGCGGAGUCGGGAUAUCGUCAGCGUAAUGGAAGAUGAGGAAGGCGGUCAGAGCAGUGGUUGGGAGAUUGUGUGUGCAUUCGCCGAACGAGGUGCUGUCGGGUACAAAGAAGAAGCCAAGUUGGUAGAGCACGCUUUACAUGUCAUAUUCGUCCAUAUCAGUUGGCUCUUCAAGAGAUUUUCUGCGGACGACAUCAAUAAUGACGACAAAGUCUCCGACCUCAGAGAUAAGCGGGAUCGAGUUCUCGACACCUUACGUCGAUUGGCGUUGAGAGACAAAACCAACACUUCCGAAUCCGUUAGUAGACAAGCAUUCGUGUACUUCAUCAACCUCCAUAUCCUCUUCUCCUCGAGAAACGCCAAAUCUGCAAAUGCUCAUCCGGCCGUCAAAGCAUGUCCGCUCUCCAUGGCCGACGAGUUGCAGCACCGUCUUGGGGGUUCAUUUCAAGCCAUGGUCGAUCGAUAUGCCUCUGAUCGGGAAGAAUCAUCUGAAGAGGAACAAGUAGAAUUUUCGGGGAUGUCUGCGGAACGAGUAGAGGAAGAAUUGUUGUUCCUCCAAGCUGUUUCUGCGUUCGUUGGUGCGAUAAGAUGUGGUGUUUUGGAUGUCGAACAUGCCAAAGAGCCCUUGGCGUAUUUUGGGCAAUUUGGACAAACGUAUGAUGCGGUAGUGCGGAAAUUGGUGGAUGUAUUGAAGGAUGAGGGGAUAUACAAUAGAGAAAGUGAUACUGUACAACAUGUCUCAGCUAGCGCUCUGCAAUCUUCAUUCUCCAAUUUCCUCGAGACUGAAUCGACAGAACCCACGGCAACCAUAUCACUCGCUCGUCUUCUCGCCUCAGCCUUCAUCAUCUAUGGCACCCACUUUUCCGUCCUGCGACAAAUUCAUCCAAACGACAUAUACGAUCUUCACCUCUCUCUCCUUUCUUACGUUCAACGACGAUUGAUAUCGUACAUUUCCUCGGAGAGAAGUACCAAAUCCCGUGAGGCUAAACAACGUUUUCAACAAAAUCGACAUCAAGCAUUAACGUUCUUCAAACCCCUCAUACUUCUCAUCACUCCAGUCACUCCGCAGGAUGCGGUGAAACUACGACGUCGUAUAAAGGAAAUGGAGAAAGAGUUAGGCGUGGAAGUAACGGGUCAUAAAGCUUGGGAUCCUUGGAAGGCUUAUGAAAAGAAAUUGGUACAGAUAGCUAAUCGAGAUCCUCAGGCAAAAGCGGCUAUCGAAGAUAAUGAACAAGGACAGGGUGAAGCGACAGAUGGGGAUGAACAAGAUGUUCCUGUCAGACCUGCAAAACGUCAAAGACAGAUGACUCAAGAGCCGGAAGAUCGAUCCAACGAGCAACAGGGAAAUGAGGAGGAGGAGGAAGUCGAGAAUGAACAGGAAAGUGAAGUCGAAGAGGAGAGAGGAGAUCUUUCGAUGGAAGAUCUACAUUUGGACAAUGAAGAGAUUGAUUUAGCUUUUGAUGAUGGAGCAAUGGGUAUGGAUGUGGAUUUGGAUUUGGAUGAUGUGUUGGGACCAAAUACCCAGAAUGUGUUGAGAGAAAGAAGUUUGAGUGUUGAACCUGGUGCUAGACGUAAACGUCGGACUAGGUAUUGA